GGUUCGGCCCCCCUCGGCGAUCCCGGGCCUGGCGAGGAUCUGCCUGGGUUCUCCCGCUCCUCUAGGCUGCUGACGCCCGCCCGCCGCUAUGGCAGAAUUGGGCCUAAAUGAGCAUCAUCAAAAUGAAGUUAUUAAUUAUAUGCGUUUUGCUCGUUCAAAGAGAGGCUUGAGACUCAAAACUGUAGAUUCCUGCUUCCAAGACCUCAAGGAGAGCAGGCUGGUGGAGGAGACCUUCACCGUAGACGAAGUCUUGGAAGUCCUGAACGGGUUGCAGGCUGUGGUCCAUGGUGAGGUGGAGUCCGAGCUCAUCAACACGGCCUAUACCAAUGUGUUACUCCUGCGGCAGCUUUUCUCGCAGGCUGAGAAGUGGUACCUCAAGCUACAAACAGAUAUCUCUGAACUUGAAAACAGAGAAUUAUUAGAACAAGUUGCAGAAUUUGAAAAAGCAGAAUUUACAUCUUCAAAUAAAAAGCCCAUCAUAGAUACCAUAAAGCCAAAACUUGCUCCACUUAAUGAAGGUGGAACAGCAGAACUCCUAAACAAGGAAAUUUUAAGACUUCAAGAAGAGAAUGAGAAAUUGAAGUCAAGGCUGAAGACCAUUGAAAUACAGGCAACAAAUGCAUUGGAUGAGAAGUCAAAACUAGAAAGAGCACUGCAAAAUUUACAGCUUGAUCAAGAAAAUCAAAAGGAUUUUAUAAAGGUCCAAGACUUGAGUGACUUGGAAAACACUGUUGCUGCUUUGAAGAGUGAGUUUGAGAAGACACUUAAUGACAAGACAGAAAACCAGAAGUCCUUGGAGGAGGAUCUAGUGACAGCCAAGCACGACCUACUCAGAGUUCAGGAGCAGCUAAGCCUGGCUGAGAAGGAGUUAGAGAAGAAAUUCCAACAAACAGCAGCUUAUCGAAACAUGAAAGAGAUUCUUACCAGGAAGAAUGACCAAAUCAAAGACCUGAGGAAAAGACUGGCAAAAUAUGAAUCUGAAGAUUAGAAAUUGAAGAAGAUUCAUCUGGAAGCUGCCACAACGUGAAAGGACAAGCCACUCUCGCCUCAGGCAUGUAUUCUGAAGCAGUCUGUUAAGAAUCCCUCUCUUUAUUGUUCUAAUGUUUAAACUUUGCUUCUAAUAUUUAGAACUAGAGUUCCUGUUUCAGUUACUUAACUGAGAAAAGAGAAAGCCUACGGACUGAUUCUGGCCAAUCGUCCCACACUCCUUUCUGCAGAGGGCUCCAGUGUCUCAGUUCAAAUGCAGUGAGAAUUCUUUAUAAUGAAGAAGCAAGUUUUAGAGUGCAAAGAAGAGUCUUACUCUUUUGCAUUAGUAUAAAGAGUAUACCUUUUUAGUAAGUGUAAAAGCUGGCCUUGUCCAUACUUGUGCAUUCCCCAGGGUAAAAAUAAAUAAAUGUAGUUCUUAAAGAUAGUUACUACAAAUAAACCUUAUUUUUAAAA